AUGUCUGGAGAGAUUCCCCGCGCUCAGUUAAUUUCGGAACAUGCUACACUUAACUUUCUUGCAUGGUCCCAAUACAAUGAAUUAUUCAAUCGUCAAUUAAAAGUUGAACAUUCCGUUGGUGAUGGUUUGUGGUGCACAGACCUUCGCGGAGAAAAGAUUACAGCAGAUCAGGCAAAGCAUCUUGCCGACGCAAUCAUGGCAGUUCUUAACGGAAAUCAAUCAAUCGAACUUAUUCCAUUACCUCGUGAACAACUCAUUGAACACUUCACCGCUCUCGGUAUGGAUGACAAAGUUGGUGUACUUAAGACUUGGCAGGAUGAUUUCAUCCCUUGCAUCAAGCUUGGUGAAUCUAUCGAUUACGUUAUUGAACCAAUGUCUACUGAUAAGGAAAGACUGAAAAUCUUCGAAAUUGUUCCAUACAACGAUGGUCUCAUCGUCCGCUUCCCACUUCUUACUUCUCCAAACGAAAUCAAGCCAUUCAAGGAUCCAAUCGUCACACUCAAGAUGUUCCAUGAAUACCAUGAGUGGGCUAAGCUUAUCGGUGUUGACUACAUCUCCAAGCUUAACGAAUUAAUUUACAAGCGUAAGAUUGAUGAAAUCAAGUGGGUUGCUGAAGGCCUUCAUGAUAACAAGCUCGCCUAUAUUGCCGACCACCUUUGUUCCAACUUCGCCACAAAGAAGGUUGUCACCAUUGCUGGUCCAUCAUCUUCAAAUAAGACAACAUUCGCCAAGCGCCUUGCCAUUGCCCUUCGUGUUAACGGCUACCAGUCCCUUGUCAUGGAGAUGGAUGACUUCUACAAGAACCGUGACGAUAUUCCAAAGGGACCAGACGGAAUGCAAGAUUUCGAAUCCAUUACAGCCCUCAACGUUCCAGUUCUUACAGAUAAGAUCCACCGCCUCCUCAACGGUGAGGAAGUUCCACGCAGAAAAUUCAUUUUCACAUCAGGAACAGGUGUUGAUGUUGAAAAUGAGAAAUUGAAGCUCAAUGAUAACACAUUCCUCAUCAUCGAAGGUAUCCAUGGCCUUAACCCAAUCCUUCUUGACGAAAUUGGCCGUGAAAAAGUUACUCCAAUUUACGUUUCCGCCAUGACACCAAUCAACGUCGAUUGCAACCACCGCUUCCCAACAUCCGAUCUUCGUCUUAUCCGCCGUAUGAUCCGUGACUACAGAUACCGUGGCUAUUCCCCACGUAAGACAUUAUCCAGAUGGACAUCCGUUAGAAAGGGUGAAGAAAUUAACAUCUUCCCAUACCAGAUGAACGCAGAGCUCUUCUUCAACUCUGCUCUCGUUUACGAACUCCCUGUUCUCUCAAUUUACGGCAAAGGUCUUCUUUCAGAAGCAACUCUCCCAGAGCCAGGAGAAGAUCCAAACUCACCAGAGGCUGAGGCAAUCUCCAACGAGGCUAGAAGGCUCCUCGGACUCCUCAACCUCUUCUACCCAGUUUCCGUUGAAGUUGUUCCACACAUUUCGUGCAUUCGCGAAUUCGUUGGUGGUUCCGAUCUCAAGUACUAA